AUGGCCGAAAACCACACAAUUGUUUUGCCGGUUCUCCUGUUGGAGUCGUAUCUGGUAUGCCAUCAGUCGGCCAGUCGUGGUCCUCGCACUUCAUACCCACACCUACUGCUGAUAGUAGUGAUCGCAUACUUGCUGUGGACUCUAUUCAUCGCUAUGCAAACGGGUCACUGGGUGUACGGCAUACUGGAAGUGCUGAACUGGCCGUCCAGAGGGGCAUUCUUCGCCGGCAGUGCCUCUCUUAUAAUGUCGUUCUUCUACGUGGGCUCGUAUAUCAACACCACAUUCUGGGGCACCGUGCCGACAGCGAAAGCAAAGUCCGAUAAUAAUAGACGAAAAGUGAAAUAAGUUUUGUUUUGAUUUUUUGUUUUUGUUUUUCUUUGAUAUUUUGUUAUAUCGUUUUGAAUUUGAUUAUUAGGUUAUGGUUUUAGCUUUAAUUUAAUACUUAUUGUUAUACUCUUUGUUAACGAAUUAUGCAUUUUUUAAAUGUUAAUUCAGUUCACAAUUAUCUACGAUAUACCGG